UUUCUCUUUUAUGGGUUGAUUUGUGAUCAUGAGAUAUCGAUGCGAAGCCUUUGUCAUCACGACAUGUUUAUAUCUAAAGACGUAAAAUUUUGGGGAAGAAUAUCGUCGACCAAUCUGUGCCAUGUCAAGUUGCUUGGCCAGUCUAGCCCCUGUUUUUGGAGAUGAUUCUGAUUACCUAGCUAUAGGUAUAUACUUGUCCUUAGUGUAUUUUUCAGGUGCCAAGGUAUUUGAUGCAAUUGGAUGGGCAUAAGGUACCAUGGCUAUCAAAGUACAGGCCAUUAUAGCAGCCUGGAAGGACUUUGACUUGGCAGCUGUUCAAAGAGACUUGGAUGAAACUGCUUCAGGGAUUGCUACCAGGCAGGAUGAGUCAGAAGUUUCACGUAAAAAACUGGUAGAAUUGUCAAGAGAGUUCAAAAAGAACACUCCAGAUGAUGUGCGUAAGCAUGUCGCUCCAUUGCUGAAAAGUUUUCAGAGUGAAAUUGAUAAUCUCAACAAAAGGAGCAAGUUUGUUGAAGGAGCAUUUCUGAAUGUCUACAAGAAAGUGAUAGAUGUCAGUGACCCACUUCCUACCUUGGAAUAUUGUGCUGGUUUGGAAAAGAAAAUUGGAAGGUUAGCAGACCUGGAAAUUGAGAAUAAAAAUUUAAGGGAGACACUUAAGGAGUACAAUGAGGAGUUUAAGGAAGUUAGGAACCAAGAUGUAACCAUAAAAGCCUUAAAGGAAAAGGUGAAACAUUAUGAAGAUUUGAUGGAUGAAACAGUUCAGUCUAAAACUAAAGAACUUGAAAAAGAAUUGACGCGGCAGUAUGCAGAAAAGGAGAGACUUUUGUAUGAAACACAGGAAUCUGUUAUGAGACGUCUCUCAGAAGCGGAGACCAGAGCACAGAUUCUUCAGUCCACCUUAGAUCAAUCUCAGUCCGAGUUAUUUGAAUUAAAAAGUAAAUCAGAAGAAUCAAAUGUUGCUAGAUCUGAUGAAACAGACAUUCUAAUGAAUGAUCUUGAACGCGCAAAUCAAAGGGCUGUAAUUGCAGAAAGAGAGUUGGCAGUUCUCAAGGAACAGCUUGAAGCUUUGACUGCUGCUCAUAAUGCACAGAUGGACAGCAUGUCAAAUUCUGUUUCAUCUGUAAAUGAAGUGGAUUCAUCAGUAGAGAACUUGGCAAGGUCCUCCCUUGAAAUAGAAUUGGCUUCAAAGGACAAAGAAAUUUCGCAGUUAGUUGAGGACAUUAAGCAACUCCAGCUAUCUCUAAAUACCUUGAGGGACACAUCCUCCAAGCAGAUCCAGGAACUUGAGGAAGACUUAAGUGACAAAGCCCAGUGUAUUACAAGAUUGGAAGAUAAAAUUAGCCAGCAAAAAGAUUAUGAUGAAAUUAAAAGGGAACUGAACAUAAUGAAAUCUGUAGAAUUUGGAAUAUCAUCUCAGAAGAAAACCGAAGAGAAUUUGCAGGGCUCAUCAACCCCUCCUAAACCACUUGAAGUUCUUUUGCUUGAGAAAACUAAAAUGUUGCAAAAUGAAAACACAGCUUUGAAGCAAGAAAAUGCCUCGGCAAAUAAGAGAAUUGCUGAAACAGAGCAGGAACUUGCAAAUUUGCAUUCCUUAGUGUCUGAACAAAAAGAACUCAUUACUAGUUUAGAAUCUGAUCUUUCCUCAGUUCAGACAUUAUCAUCCAUGUAUCGUGGUGAAGGAGAAGGAUCGUCAGUGCCAGAAAUUGUAGCUGAAGCUGUAAGGGCCUCAACUAGCAGCACUCCACCUUUAGCUCUUACGGCACAUUCCAAUUCAAAUCCACCUACUCCAGUGCCAGGUGGUGUCCCUCCUGAUUUUACAUCGGCUGCAGAAUCUUUGUUGCCAAUAGUUUCAGCCCAGAGAGAGCGCUUCCGUCAGCGAAAUGAUGAACUAGAAGUUGAACUUACAAGCAAAAGUCAGCAAGUUGUUCUCCUUCAGAAUGAGUUAGAUACUUUAAGGGCUGAUAACCUCAAACUCUAUGAAAAAAUUAGAUUUCUUCAGUCCUACCAGGGGCAGCAUGGUAGAGAAGAUACUGCUGCCGAGUCUCGUUACAGCAGUCAGUAUGAAGAAGCCUUAGACCCAUUUUCAUCAUUCUCACGGAAAGAAAAGCUUAGACGAUAUGCAGCCCUCAGUCCAUUUGAGAAGGUGACUCUUUCAAUGGGUCGCUUUAUAUUGAGCAAUAAAACAGCCCGAAGUGUUACGUUUAUUUAUACAGCUUUAGUGCAUAGCCUUAUUUUCCUUGUGCUCUACAAAUUGGCGCAUACAGAAUCAUGCAAGCGAGACUUUGCUUCAGACUGUGCUCAGAAAUUUGCUGAACAUAUGCAUCAAGUUCAUGGCCACAGUGACUUCCAUGACUUUCAAGGUUAGAGUAGAUGGUGAAAGGUGACGUAUGUAACUGUGAUUGAAACUGUUAGUGGCACAAUGUGAGUUAUGGGUUUAGAAAAUAAAUACAGUAUUGAGAAAUUUAAUAGUAUUCAUAUUUGAGCAAUAAAAUGUACUAGUUGUAUUUAUGGGAAUACAAACCAUCAUCUUUUACAUAGGAAUAUGUCUUAGCGCAUGUUGGAAUUGGUCAUUGAAACCUAAGAUGGUAGUGAACUUGUGGUUGGUGGUUAAGGGGGGUAUGUCGCCCCAUUCAGCUGCUGUCAUCAAGCACUUUUCUUCAAUUGCAUUUGAUUUAAGACAUGAUGCUGUGCUUGACUGGCCAUUGUUUGAAAUAUUUCCAUCUUUUUUUUUGUAUGUGUGGUGUUUGUGUUUUUGUUCAAUAUGGAAUCGAAUAAAAAAAAGUGAACAAUGAAAGGUGUUAAGGAUGUGAGAGGUUGUUUGGCUUCUGUAUGUCGUAGGUGUUAGUGUAACCAGUUUAUUGUCUUGCAUUGGUGCUAGGAUUGUGCUGGCUGGUCUACUUUGCACUGGAGAGAAUUAGCAGCCAUGGAGGAAGGCCAAAAAGUGUUUGUCAUAUUUUUCAAAGGGCAUAACUGUCUUUGAUAUUGCUGAAUCCUUUCGGUUCUUUCCUCUAGGGUUGCCCCUUCUCCUCUUACCCUUUGCUAUUGUGAUGGAGUUACAUUUGGAAAGGUAGAAAACCAGCCUGCUCUUUCUGAUAGUGCCAACGCAGGUUCAUGUGCAGAGCUCUCAAAAGGUGAAACAGUGGUGAAUAUUCACCACUUCUUGCCAAUGCUUCAUUGUUGGAUUUGCUGGAGUACUUUCAGACAUUCAAGCUUGGUAUGCCAAGCAAUUUGUCUUAUGCUGCUGUUCCUCUGGCUUUUUCCACUAAGAAAUUGAAAGUUUUUGAUUUUUCGGUGCAAAUGUUUUACCUAUUAAGUACAGGCAGUACUCCUCAGAUGGUGCUUCUUGAGGAGAGUAAGGCUGAAAGAGGGAGUAAGAUAAAGAAAGACAAUGUUAUAUUGUCUUCCUCAUCCUCUUUACCAAGUUCUUCCUCCUUUUUGUCUUCUACCUCUUCUCCCAUUAAUGGGAAGAAGGUUAUGGGGAAAAAAAUGGUAGUAAUGGAAGCCCUAUCACAAGAAGUUCCAUUGGACUAAUAGUGAGUAUCUUACUUCUUUAGGGGGUGGUGCCAAAUAUCCUCCCCUGUGAGUGAUGUGUUUGACUUAGAGUUGAGACAUAGUUCUCUGAACAUGAUGGUUAACCAGUACAAGAUCUUCCUGUUUACUUUGAUAACAUGAGGGCUGUCUCGUUGGACUGUGCACACUUCUACGGAAGUAUUCAGAGAAAAGUUGGUGUUUAAGAUCCUUGGAUUGAGUAUAUUUGCAGGCAAAAGGAUUAGUUUAUUAUGUGACAUGUCACCUCUGUACGGUAUCAUGGGAACCCUAGGAUGGUUUCUUGUGUGUCAAGAACUCCCUGGAUUAUGUGCAUGCAACACAUGGUUUAUGUGUGGAAGGUCACCACAUUAUAAUAUGGCAAAUAUCAUGGCUAUCUGUGCGCAUGUGUUUGUUCAGACGCUAGGGGUGUUCAUGGUUUAUCCAUGAUUGCAAUGUGUGUUUGCACAACAGUGCAUGUAAGCACUCAUCCUUGACUUCCAGUUUGGCUUCAGUCAUUCACCAUGAUAGUGAUCAAUAGUGAAUUAAGUUCAACAUAUCAUAUGAAAGUCUGUGUUGUGGAAUCUUGGUUAAAGAUGGAAACAUGUUCCAUAUCAGGUUCUGUGGGAGAGGGAGACUUAAUGCUUUUAGUGAAUCUAGACUCGUAAUUCCAGAAACUCCAGUAGUCUUCCAGGAGGUACCAGCACUGUUUGCAAUGAAACUGUCAACCAGUUCAAAGCCAUGUGCUUUAGGUUAGUGACAUUUCCCCAGGUGUUCACAUAGUGAUCAUCCUGAUGUUAGCAUGGGCCUGCUCAUAUGGUAUGCACAAACCAGCUCAACUACCAAGGGCAGUUAGCCAAAAUUGAUUGGUUCCAAUUUUCCUGCAUGGUGGAAGUUGUGUUUAUUCACCACACUGUUAAAGGCAGGUCCUGGUGUUCUGUUCUCAUAUUCUAGAACCCAGUCUUUCUUCAAAAGCACCUCUUAGCAGCCCCUGGGACAUUGGAUAUCUUUGCCUUUCUGCAUGUCAGUCCGAUUCACAGAGUGAUCAACUAGGUGUUUGACUUUCCUAUUCCAGAUCCUGGUCUUGCUUGGGAAAAACCUUUCAGCAGCCCCUGGGAGAUUGGAUAUCUUUGCCUUUACUCAUGACAUUCACUGAUUGAUCAACCAAGUGUUGACAUUCUGGGCCUCAAGAUAACCUUUGUAGCUCCUCCUUGGCCUUAUGCCAAAUGUUAUUGUGAUCUAGCUUUUGGCCAAGUUACCCACAGGGAUUCCUUGUGGCCCCUCCUUUGCUGUUAGCCCAACAUGAUGAGGUAGCCUUCACUACCAUGUACCAGGAAGUGGACUGUCUUCUGCUUUUGUGCCUCGUGCAAGCUCUGCAGCUCAAUUUGUGAGAAACCAGCCUUUUAGAAUAUCGUACAAGGGUCUUUUUUUUUUUUAAGUACUGGCAGGCACAGAAACUCCUUUUCUUUCUACUUAAUGAAGCAGUCAGGCAGUCAUAAAUAUAUUGUGGCUUGGUUGCAUUAAAACAUCAUAUAAUUUAAAUUAGAUUAAAUAUAUUUGACCAAGGUACAGUGAUUUCAGAAAUAUCAAUCUCGUAUUAAGUUGGAGAGGCAUGUGAUAAGUAGUGAAAAUCAACCACACUUGACCUGGUGUGAUGCACAUACACUCAUAGGAAAUACAUUUUUAUAAACAGAUAAUUCUCCAAAAUACAAAUAAUUUCAAUGUCCUUGAAUAAGAUAAAUAUUGUGCCAGAAAGCGGCAAAUUGACAGCUGUCUAAAAUUACCCCACCUUCCAGUGCAGACGUGUGUAGGUUUUCAAAGGUAAGCAUCUUUUUCCAAAACACACCACUAAACUACCUGCUAACUCUUCCCUUUGCUUCUUCUAGUACUAGUUAACAUAAGUAAUAUAAUCUGUAUCAUAGAAGUGUUGCAACUGUCAUUAUCAUUAUUGUGUUUGUUACAACUUCAAAUAUUUAUUAAUAUGUAGUUACUUCUUUACAUAUUUAUCACACAUUUUCAUCCUGUGAGGAUGACCUUUGUCCAAUUUGGGCAAGAACUCAUGAAGUUGGCCGUUGGCCCAUCUCUAGUCGGUUCACAGGUGAUGAGGGUAGGUGUAUGUCACCACUAGACCACUUUCACCACAUUCUACCUAAACAGCAUCACCCCAAAGUCCUUGGACACACUUUUUAUGACCUGUGGUUGCUGCCCAACAAGUUAUGAAGUCUCCAGGCUUAUCUUAGACAAAAAAAUUCUUUCACAGGGUAUAGGCAGUCCCUGGUCAAUGGCAAGGUUUCCAUUCCCAGCCAAGCACCAAUAGCCAAAAAUCGUUACUAAUUGGAACAUCACAGUAAUUAUGGUAGUAAAUGCCAUUAACGACACCGUAAGCACUUACCGAUGCCGAUAAACCACUUACCGGCACCAAAAAUUGCUUACUGAUGCUGAUAAACUGCUUACCAACUCUGGAGAACUGGGUAUGGGGUGGAUGGGCCAAAUUGUAGGUAAACUUCAAAGUUGGGCAUCCUAGAGCUUUGGCUCAAAAGGUGCAACUCCCUCUGUUCCUCCAUUUAACAAAGGGGAUUGGUAAAGCUACAUUCUAAACCUGUUAGUUUUUGAUAGACCUAGAUACUAGCUACCUUCUGGCUUGUUACCCUUUUUUAGUAAAUGCUUGGUUCUCCAAAGUUUUCCCUGAAUGAGAGGUCCGAUAUAUCUCUCUGGCUUAGGGCCAUAUCAGUAUUACAUUCCUGUGCUAGAUUGUAUAGGAAGUUAUGGGAAUCAUUGCUUUUUUGCUCAUGAUCAGGAGCAUAGCUUUCUGGGUUGAGAUUCAACUGUCCAGUUAGUUGAGAACUAAUCCUUGCACCUGGAGUGAAUCUCCUCUAUAAAAGAUGAUGGUUUUGUAUUACUGUGGGAAAAAUUUAGAUUUUUAAGGUACGUAUUUUUCCUAAGUAUACAAACCAGACCCUUUUAUUAUGAUCCCAUGUAAACUGCCCUAUUUAGUGCUAGAUUUUGAAGAAAAAUGUUUGAUGUGGGCAAGUGAGUGGGCACCUCACUCAUCCACCUGUCACCAGUUAACGUUAACUACUGUGUCACCAACUUUCAAUGACUUGAUUCCAGUUUAUGCUGAGGAAUGCUCCUACUUAAAGGUUUUGGUUUGGGUAUCUAAGAAAAAUAUAAAUUACUUCAAAAAUAUAUUAUAUUUAUGGGAAAGGAUAUGUUUUAUUUAUUGGUGUACAAAACUUUUUGAUUGAUCUAAUAGUGUCAUUCAAGUACAAGCUUUGUAUGGGUGGGUUAGUUAAGAUGUCAAGAUUUUACAGCUUUUGGUCUUUUAUAUAUAAAUAGUUUUUGUUUUAGGUGGAAGGUUGUAUUCUUAAUGUGAAACAUUAAGUGUUUAGGAUAUAGAUAAUUUUGCUAAUUAGUAUGUACUUUACAUUAUAUGGUGCAUUUUGGAAUUCCUAAGAUAGUAUGUAUAAGUAACAGACUCAAAACUCUUAGUACAUACAAAUGAAAACUACUGUUUCAAAUAAAUUCUUCCUAGUAUCCUCAGCAACCAAGUUGGAAGGAGAUCAUUUACAGUAUUCUCAUCUCUCCUGGUUUGUUUUCUUCACACAGUAUCUCAUAAUAUAAUCAGAUUCAGUUUUUUGAAGAUCUGGAUAAAUUCUUGUAGGUUUAGAUGGUUGCAGAUUCUGAUUAUUUCAAAACUUUUGGAGAUUGUGCAAAAUUUGAGGGUAGGUUGGAAUAUGGUCUAGGUAAUACAGUACAGUAUACUGUAUGUAUUAGUUAAUUAUAAUAUGUAUUAGGUUGGCACAGGAUUUUAGUCUUUUAACACAGUGAAAAGGACAGUUUUCCACUUUUUGUCUAUACAUAUAUAUAUUUGUUGAUACUUGGCAGUCUUGAUAAACAAUACUUCAGAUAAUGGUUUGCUUGAUUUACAUAUUUUAUGUUACAAUAUGUUUUGUAUAGAUAAUGGUUUUCUUGAUUUACAGAUUUUAUUUUACAAUAUGUUUUCCCUUAUAGUAAUGUAUUUAGUUUUUUAUAAUAAAAUUGUUUCUAAGAAAAGCUGUGGUUGUCUAUAACAUGGAAAUUUUAGAACCGCUGGUCAUUUGUGUAGUAUCUCGUAAAUUCCACUUGUUAAUUUUCCUCCUUUGAAGUUGACAAUGUUUAAGUAACCAUAAAAAAAUAAAGGUAGUACCCUUUAAUCUUUAUAACAAAAGGGGAGUUUUAGUUUUAAUAUACUUUGACGGUGUUGGUUAGUGGUUCUGGUUUAUCCUUGUCAGGAAAAUGUGCAGUAACUGAAACUUCUUUGUACAGCCUACUUUACAUUAGUAUCUCUUAAGCACCUAACUGCAUCACUUUGUGCUUUUUAAUUAUCAUGCAUUAAUUGAGUCUCUUUCCUGCCUAACAGAAAUUCUGUCCCUUAAUUUUCAUGUUGUCCUUUGAGCAGGUCCCUUGGAAUUAUAGAACAUGUUCAUGGUCCUGUUAAAUUAGUAUUUAAAAAAUGUAAAUAUCAGUACAUUAGCAAUAUUGUAAAAGUAAUGGCCUCAUUAGCUUUUAGAUUGUAAGUCACCAUAACUUCAUUGUGGCUGUUUUCAGAGUUUUCUGUUUUGGUGGCAAAAAGAAAACUGUUAAUCAGGUUAAUUGUCAAGUUCUUGAAGAUUUUCUAGUACCAUUUUCACCUGCAAAGGCAUUUUGUGUACGGACUACUGUAUAGGGUAUCGAGUUUCUGAGUUACAGUUUGGUGUCCCAUGCUAAGGAGACUUAUAGAAAAUUGUUAAAGAAUAAUUAUUAUUGCUGUUGUUUCCAAAAAAUACUUGGUUAUUUAGAUGAAGUUGGUUGAAAAUGAAAGGACUUUUGUAUGUCACGUAGUUUCCAGCAAUGCACGCACACUCCUAAUUAGUGUUCUUACUGUAAUGUUAAAAUAGCUGCCUGUGGCUACUAACAACCAUUGGUCAGAGUCUGGUCUUUACAACACUACCUUUGAUAUUUUGAAAAUUUGGUGGAACCUUUUAUAAUCUAUUACCGAUUCAUUUUUCUUAUUGUAAACAUAGUUUCAUAUUCUAUAAGUCUCUUUUCUCAAAAUUUGAAUGGCCUAGUUGUGGACAAGGUGACAAAUUGGUCCAUGGCAAACAGACAGCAGUCACGGGGAAAACAAUUAACAUAGUUUAUCAAAAUUUGGUUUAUAGUUAGAAAUGGUUUCUUGAUUGUGGAUGGCUGAGAACUUUCAACUCUUAUAUCACUGUUUUGUUCAGUGUUUUCAGUGAUGAGAUUAUUUAGACUGAUCUCCUAUUGGUAAGGAUGACCAGUAACCGUCUCGAUUUUAUACUCAACUUUGAGAGGAGGCUAACAGUGGAGAAUGUGAUGUUCUAAUUAAAAUUUGGUGCAUAGGGUGAUCAGUAACAGUAGCAAUCUACUGUAUGUAUUGUAAUACUGUAUGUGAGGACAAGCAGCAGUUCUUCAGGGGAAGAUAUCACCAGUUGAAUUGCCUCCUCCUUUGUUAUGGAUAUUUUGUAAAUUUCAGAGACAUAAUUAAAAAACCUUCCCAAAGUGGACUGGAAUUUGCUAUACUAGACAUAUUCCGUCUUUUUUAUAGAGAUGCAUGUUAUGGUAAGACUGGAUAUUGGGGAGACAUCUCUUGCUAUUCACUAACAUUGCAUGAACAUUAGAGGAGUUUUGCCUCUCUACUUUAAGCUCUCAGGCCUGCCUAAAGUACAUUUGGGAUCCAUUGAUGGGAGAUCAAAAACUUGUCAUUGCCAAGAUUAGUUCCCAUGUGAUAAGGAAUGGCAAGAAAUAAUCUUUGUUGUUGCUGAAGAGCUCCUUUUCAUGUUAACAGAUGACAUAACUGUUCAUCCUUAUGUUUGAGAGAUUUUUAAGACAGACACAUGGAUAUCUUUUCUUUAGUGCCUGUGUUUGAAUAAAGAAAACGUAUGAAAGGCACUUCAUCCUACCGAUGUAUGUGCCAGUGAUGUAAGCUGGGGGAAUGUGCACUGGCUGUUUCAUACUGCCAGUAAGGUUUUCAUUUCUUCCUUUCUAUUCUGUAGAAUUAAUUCUUGCUCAAGUCCUCAAUAGGUGCAGACUUAGAAUGUACAUUUGACUGCUGAUAAUGUUAUUUAGUACUAUUACACAAAACAAUCUUAGUGAUAGGUAAUUUCAUCUGUGUCAAUUACCUUUUGGAAUCAUCAUGUAACAUGAUCUGUCGGACUCUGAACAGAGUAACUUGAAAACCUAGUUCCUUUCUGUCUUCAAUGGUGUUCUGUUCUCUUAUACUGUAUUUAAACUAUGUUGUGUGGGCUUGGUCUUGCUUCUGAAGACUGGAUUUCUUAAAACAAUUUCUGCACAAUAUUUCAUAGUGCAAUAUGCAUUUGUAUACUGGAGAGUCCAUUUUCUUACCAAAUUAAAAAUAUUUGCCUUUGUAGGAAGUAAUGGACAGUCAUAUGAAGUAUUGUAGUAAAGUGGAAUUCUAUUGUUUUCCUCAAAAUGUUAGUUUCAUCAUUACCAUUACUACUUUAAUGUUUUUUCAUUUGUUCUGUACUUCCUAUAGCAGCUUAUAAUGGCUUCCCAAUUUUGUUAUUUUAUAAAGUUUAUUUAGAAGUCUGGGAUAGAGAAUGCCAUAAUUUAACCAUUUCACAGAAAUGGUGUAUACCAGGAAGGACUAAUUUAGUAAGAACAUAGCAACUGUAAAUAUAAUGUAUCCUGAUUUUUAUGAGGAAUUCAUUUGGAUUAACCUAAUGGAUAGAUUGUCUAAUAAAGGAGAAUUUCAGGCAGCCAAAAGAGCUUGUUAAAGCUUUUGUUAGCUUACACAAAUGAUUUCUCAUAAAUAAGGUAAUUUAUAUUUUUUUACAGUCAUUAAUGUUACUUUGAUUGUAUGUUAGUUGCUUUCUUAAAAACUGUCACAUGGUUAUUUUGUACACUCAGAUUACAGUAUGUAUUACACAAGUUUUGUUGAGUGAAUUGAAAAAUUCCUUGUUGGCUAAAUGUUUUAUGAAGUUGUAUAUGGUAAUGCUCUUUUCCUGGAACUUUGUAGUAAAUUUUAAUUAAAGAUGCGUAUAAUGAAUAUGUGCAUUUGUUAUAACAAAUGCAAAGUUCGAUUUUAUGUUGAAUUAUAAUGAGCUUUCAGACGACCUUUACAAAACCUGCAGUAUAAAUUUUACUUGAGGUGCUGGUUUUGUGUUAAUUUGUCAAAUUUGAAUUCCAAUAUACAUAUUUGGUUGCUGAACUGUCUCUAAAAUUUGGUGUGAAUGGUUUUUGAGUAGGUUUGGUUGUGUAUCUAGUUUCCUGUUUAUUCCUUCCAUGUAUAGAAACAAGUGGAUUAGAACUGAUCGAUCAAAGCUUUUGUUUUUGUUGGCUAGCAUUGAGCAACUCGGUUAGAUUGGGUGAUCUUGGGUGAAAGCUGUCUUUUAGUUUAGUCCAGACUUCAUUUUUUAACUACCAUGCCUAAUUUUUAGACAAAUCAAUAGACUUUAUAAAUUAUAUUCAUUCAAAGUAAUAUAUUUUGUUAACUUGUAAGAAAUUUAUGGAAAUACACACAGUGUAUUAA